AUGAACAUUAAGGAAAGCGAAAAGAAUGCUGAUCAAAAUUCUGUAAGGUUCACCUCUGUAGCACUAUCAAACACUUUUAGAAUACAAAAAUUGAAGAUCGGAACAAGAAAUACUAAAAACAACUCAUCAGGGACCCUUAUUGAUUCCAAUCCUAAUCAAGAUCAAGAGGAGGAAAUAAUUAUGAUUCCAAAAAGCAAAAACUCGUCAAAACAGCAUCAAAUUCCAUCUUCUCCAAAAGUUACAAAUUACGUUUCAAAUCAUGUAAAUAGAAUGGUUGCAUUUCCUCAAAAUCUUCAUCAACAACAGAAGAAAAACCGAUCAAAAUAUGCUCUCCUAUUGCAAUCAUUAGAUUCCGAUUCAAUUUGGAAUAUUUUGGAUUUCUAUGGUGGAGAAUGCAACAAAUCACUUUCAACACCCAAUGGAAAGAUAAUGAUUAAGGAAUUUAUUAGGAGAUAUUAUGGAAGAUUUAAGGAUAGAUUGGUGAGAUUCAUGUUCAGAUUUAUAAGAAUCGAUUUCAGACAUGUUAAUUCACCUUCUGAAAUAAUUAGUCUAAUUUCAAUACCAUUACUUUCUCUUGAUGAAUUUAAAUUCAAUAAGAAUAAUUCCGCCACAAAGUAUAUUUUUAAUUUAUUCGAAAUAUCAAAGAUGGAAAUGCAGAAGAAGGAUUGGGUGAAUUCCUAUAGAAUGAUUAUUGAGAGGAGAUUCUUGAGAUUUACAGAUUUGAUUGAGAAUCAAUUAGGAAAAAUAGUGGAAUUGGAUGUUACUGGAACCUAUUUAUAUAAAUGCCCUAAAUUACUGGAAUUUAUCAUUUCGAAAUGUUCAAAUCUUAAAACUUUUAAAGGGGAAGAUGAUCUAACGGAUAAUGUUCGGUUUUACAAUAUUGAAGAAUAUUAUGAAAAGUUUCCAAAAGAGUUUUUCAAAGCAUUUGAGAGUAAUGGUCACUCGUUAAAGCACCUCUCAUGGAAUGGGUCACCUAUGCAAUUUGAGAUGAGUUGGUGGACAAGAGGUUUGGAGUUUUUGGACCUUAGAGGGUAUUAUUCAUUUGCAUUGAUUCAAUCUCUCUUUGUAAAUUGGACCAAUUUGAAAGUGUUGAAAAUUAAGAGAUUAAGAAAGUUUGGAGGAAGUUUUGCAAAAAAUGAUGAGAACGAAGAGGCAGAAUGUUUAUCUGAAAUGAUUAAUUUUGUUAGGAAUAUGCACUUGUUGCGACAUUUAGAAUUUGGAGAUGAUAUUUCACCACAAGAUUUUGAACAAUUAGCCGGAAAAACUUCUAUCGAAUCAUUUUCACUUCAGUUAUAUAGUAGAAACAUGUAUUGUGAUUCAUACUUUCAAGUCAUUUCCUCCUUUAGAAAUUUGAAACAAUUAUCAAUUGCUUUGACUUGUAAAUUAAGCAAAUCUGUGUUGAAAGUAAUUGGAUCAAUGAAACUGGAACAAUUUAAAAUACUAGAAACUGAAUUUUAUGAAGAACCAGAAGAGUUGGAAGAUACAGAUAUUGAGAGUCAAUCAGAGGAAUCAAGAACAGAUCCAAUCGAACAUUUUGAAUUGGUUGACAUUUUGGAUAUGAUUUCAAACCUUUCCAAUCUUCAACUAUUUUCGAUCAAUAUUUCGAAACAUUUAGAAAGAGAUGUGUUGAAUUAUUUUCAAGAUUAUGAAAGUUACAAGACCAUCAAAGCAUUCAAUGGGAGAUAUACUAACUCGUCAGAAGGUUAUACAUUGGAUGUUUAUGGAGUUGUCAAUAUGUGUGAUGUUAUUCAUUCCGAUAUUUAUGCAACUUUUGAAUUGGAACGAUUGAGAGAAGGAGCAGUGCACAAUAAGCUCUACCUCAAUCAAUCCUCUCACCGACAAGUAUAUUCUUUGUAA